AUCCAAAAGGCGAACGGGGCACUUUAAACUGCGUCAUUUCCAGCCUCUCCCUCGCUCUCCUUUUAGAACACUCCUGCAGUCUCCUGCACUUCGCCUUGCACCGCCCGCCGGUACCGGUAUCUCAUGAUAGUCAUCCAGUGUUCAGACACCUCGCUCCGAACACUCCCCAGGUCCAAAUCUGAUUAUUACCGUAAGGGGAGGAAACGUGGAUCCUGACGUAAGAGGCUUAAAUCCUGCACCAUCGGCAACACUCUGAAUUCCGAGCUUCUUCAUCCUGUCAACGGCGGAGGCGUCCGCGCAGAACAUCGAGCAUGACUGCUCCGCUUCUUCUCUGAGACGAAUCGGGAAAUGGACCGAAUAACCAGCAACAACGACAUGGCGUCGUAUCUUCAGAUCGCAGACGAUGAGAAAAGCUACAACCUGGACCUUUUCUGCGUGCCCAGACAUUACGAGAAGGAUUUGGACAAGGUGAUCAUUCCUCAUGGACUCAUUAUGGACAGGACGGAACGUUUGGCCCGCGACAUUGUCCGGGACAUGGGGGGCCACCAUAUCGUCGCCCUUUGUGUACUGAAGGGCGGCUUCAAAUUCUUCGCAGACCUGCUCGACUACAUUAAAACGCUGAACCAGAACAGCGAUAAAUCGCUCCCGCUCACGGUGGAUUUCAUUAGAGUAAAAAGUUACUGCAAUGACAAAUCUACUAACAACGUCAAAGUUAUUGGAGGCGAUGAUCUGUCCAGUCUCUCAGGAAAGCAUGUUUUGAUAGUUGAGGACAUCGUGGAAACGGGAAAGACAAUGCAGACGCUGCUCUCCCUGCUAAGUAAAAGCCGACCCAAGAUGGUGAAGGUGGUGAGCCUGUUGGUGAAGAGGACUCCCAGGAGUUCAGGGUAUAGACCAGAUUACAUUGGAUUUGAAGUGCCCGAUGCCUUCCUGGUGGGCUAUGCUUUGGACUACAACGAAUACUUCCGAGAUCUCAGUCAUAUCUGCACACUGAACGACAAAGCCAAGGAGAAGUAUAAAGUGUGAAGCGAUGACGAAUCAGAUCGACGACAACUGGGACCACUGUGACAAGCCUCCUCUUCUUUUAUUUUAUUUUUUUCUACACAAGAGUCUGCAAAAUGUGUAAAGGACAUUUCUAACCCUUGUAACUGAAAGUUAUGAUGGAUAUUUUGGUUGUGAUUUAUUUAUGUAUUUAUUGAUAUCAAGAGAUGAUUUACCUGUACAUUAUUAUUAUUUUACGGAAAGAGAAUGUAACUCAUUUGCUGACUCAGGCUUUCCAGUGAGUAAAACAGCCUUUUAGUUUGCACAUACUGUAUACUCUUGCAUUGUACUGUAUAGUCACGCAUUAUGCCAAGUGGACGUGUUUUAUUUGGUAAAUGAUAUUUCCAUCAUAAAGGUGUUGCAAUAUAAUUCAGUUGAAAGCA